UCCCCCGCUCCACCCGGUCCACACUUCUCACCUCCAGGAUCCGCUCCCUGGCAGCGUAGGAAUCCCUGGGACCCGCAGCCCCCAGGACCCCCAGCCUCCAGGACUCACAGCUUCCAGGACCUUCAGCGCCAGAAUUUCUAGGGCUCACAGGCCUGCAGCUUCACAGCCCAGUAGCACUGGGCCCCGGCAGCUGCCAUGGCCCAGGCCCACGGCCACGGAGGGGUCCAGUUCCAGAACUGGGCUAGAACCUACGGCUGCUGCCCAGAACUCUUCUUCCAGCCCACAUCUGCUGAGGAGAUAAGGGAGAUUUUGGAGUUGGCUCGGCAGCGCAACAAGAAGGUGAAGGUGGUGGGAGGGGGCCACUCCCCAUCGGACAUUGCCUGUACCGACGGUUUCAUGAUCCAGAUGGGGAAGAUGAAUCGUGUUCUCAAGGUGGACAAGGAGAAGAGGCAGGUCACUGUGGAAGCUGGGAUUCUUCUCUCAGACCUGAACACGGAGCUGGACAAGCAUGGCCUGGCCCUCUCCAACCUGGGGGCCGUAUCUGAGGUGGCCGCAGCUGGAGUCAUCGGUACCGGGACCCAUAACACGGGAAUCCAGCAUGGCAUUCUGGCCACUCAGGUGGUGUCUCUGACGCUGCUGACCGCCACGGGCGAGACCCUGGAGUGCUCGGAGUCCAGCCAUGCAGAGCUGUUCCAGGCGGUGCGGGUGCAUCUGGGCUGUUUGGGAGUGGUGCUGACACUGACACUGCAGUGCGUCCUGACCUUUCACCUGCGGGAGAUAUCGUUCCCUUCCACCCUCCAAGACGUCCUCGACAAUCUGGAGAGCCACCUCCAGCAGUCGGAAUACUUCCGCUUCCUGUGGUUUCCGCAUAGCGAGAAUGUCAGCGUCAUCUACCAGGACCGCACGGAUCGGCCUGCUUCGUCCUCAUCCAGCUGGUUCUGGGACUACGGCGUCGGCUACUACCUCCUGGAGUGCCUGUUAUGGUUCAGCACAUUCCUGCCCUUCCUGGUGCCCUGGAUCAAUCGCUUCUUCUUCCGGCUCCUGUUUGCCCACCGAGCGGAGCACACUGACCUCAGUCACAGGGUCUUCAACUAUGAGUGUCGCUUCAAGCAGCAUGUCCAGGAUUGGGCGAUCCCCAUAGGGAAGACCAAGGAAGCCUUGCUGGAGCUGAAGGCCGCGUUGGAACGAGAUCCCAAGGUGGUGGCGCACUAUCCGGUGGAGGUCCGGUUUGCCCGGGGGGACCCCAUCCUGCUGAGCCCGUGUUUCCAGAGGGACAGCUGCUACAUGAACAUCAUCAUGUACAGGCCCUACGGGAAGGACGUUCCUCGGCUGCACUAUUGGCUGGCAUAUGAGAGGAUCAUGAAGAAGGUCGGAGGGAGGCCGCACUGGGCCAAGGCGCACACGUGCACCCGAGCUGACUUUGAGAUCAUGUAUCCUGCUUUCCGGCAAUUUUGCUCCAUCCGGGAGAAGUUGGACCCCACCGGGAUGUUCUUGAACUCAUACCUGGAAAAAGUGUUUCACUGAGGCUCAGGAAGGCCGGGGUCAGGGGGAUGGGACCCAGGUAGAGGAACUCACUCCUCCCCCACCCCCUCCUCCCCAGCCUCCCAUACCCUUCUUCCUUCAACCCUCUCCAACUUCCACCAGCCUCCACCUGCCACAUGCACCCCUUCCUCAGGUUUGACAGGAUGGGCAGGUCAGAUGAUUUAGUUUGGGGGCUGGGAUCGUGUCUACAAAGUGUACUGCCGCCUCCCAAGUGUCUAAGGCAUAUGGAAGGCACACAAUAAAUGCUAUUGAUUAA